CGCUGUCAUCUCGUCGCAUCUCUUCAGUCUCUCGUGCACCUGUCUCAUCAUAAAACCAUGACAACUCACUCACGGCUGAAAUUUACGCGUUUAAUAACACGGCGUCGCUGACGUAACAAUGCCAGGUACCGAAUAACGUCGAGAUAAGAGCAAAAAAUCCCGUCACCGUGUCGACAAGCAAUCGAGCCGAAGUCACGCUCCGAUACGCAACAUCACACGCGUGCCAAGGGGAGAGCGUUUUACGCGCGGCAGAUGCGUCCCUAUCCUCGCUGAGAUGAUGGCUCCGUGGACGCUCUUCUGCAUCCUCGCCAUUGUGAAAAGCAGUCAUGGAGCAGAUACAGAAGAGAGACUGGUGGAGCAUCUUCUUAAUCCGGCCCACUACAAUAAACUGAUUAGACCAGCGACCAAUGGCUCUGAAUUGGUGACGGUGCAACUGAUGGUCUCGCUUGCCCAGCUCAUCAGUGUGCAUGAGAGAGAGCAGAUCAUGACCACUAAUGUCUGGCUUACACAGGAGUGGCAGGAUUACAGGCUAAUAUGGAGCCCGGAUGAGUUUGAUGGCAUGAAGAAGGUUCGCCUUCCCUCCAAACAUAUCUGGUUACCUGAUGUUGUCCUUUACAACAAUGCUGAUGGGAUGUAUGAGGUCUCCUUCUACUCCAACGCUGUCGUCUCCUACGAUGGAAGUGUCUUCUGGUUGCCACCAGCCAUCUACAAGAGUGCCUGUAAAAUUGAGGUGAAGCACUUUCCAUUCGACCAGCAGAACUGCACGCUAAGCUUUCGUUCGUGGACGUACGACCGCACGGAAGUGGACUUGGUUCUGCGCGCAGAUGUGGCCAGCAUGGACGAUUUCACACCUAGCGGAGAAUGGGACAUCAUCGCCCUUCCCGGCCGUCGGAACGAGAACCCCUCUGACCCUACCUACGUAGAUAUCACCUACGACUUCAUCAUCCGUCGCAAACCUCUCUUCUACACCAUCAACCUCAUCAUCCCAUGCGUGCUCAUCACCUCGCUGGCCAUCUUGGUGUUCUACCUGCCAUCGGACUGCGGUGAGAAGAUGACUCUUUGUAUCUCCGUGCUCCUUGCUCUCACUGUGUUCCUCCUUCUGAUCUCCAAGAUCGUGCCGCCCACGUCUCUGGACGUUCCUCUGGUUGGGAAGUACCUGAUGUUCACCAUGGUGCUGGUGACUUUUUCUAUCGUGACAAGCGUGUGCGUGUUGAACGUGCAUCACCGGUCGCCCACCACACACACGAUGCCACCGUGGGUCAAGCUUGUGUUUCUCAACAAGCUCCCCGCAUUGCUUUUCAUGAGACAACCGCGCAACAGCAGCGAACGGCAACGUUUGCGACAGCGUCGCCGUGCCAAUGAACAGCAGGAAGGUGGUUUGGCUGCAGGGCUUAUGGCGGGGCUGGGCCUGGGCGUGUCUACAUCUGGGAGUAAAGAAAACAAUGAGGCAUGCACUUGCUACGUAAACCGAGCCUCAGUAAAACAGUUCGGGGCAGAGUUGGGUGGCGGGGGGUCGAUGGAUGGACUGAAUGGGUUGAGGGAAGGGGGCAGAGAGGCCAGGGAAGGAGGUUCGAAUACAUUGCAGAGCUCUGCUGUGCCUCGAGGGAAGCAACAGAAUCCUACUGUCCUCACACAGGCCCUGUUGGCCCAGGCCUGCCCAGGGUUCGAUGAGGCUGUGGAUGGAGUCCGCUUCAUAGCAAACCACAUGAAGAGUGAGGAUGAUGACCGUAGUGUGAGCGAGGACUGGAAGUACGUGGCUAUGGUAAUCGAUCGCCUAUUCCUCUGGAUCUUUGUGUUUGUGUGUGUUUUUGGCACAAUCGGGAUGUUUCUUCAACCACUGUUCCAAAACUACACCGCUAAAACUAUUACCCACACACCUGGCUGACAAACCCCCUAACACCGCAACACCAAGAGACGCUACCCACCAUCAGUCGCGAGGGGAAAAGGGGAGGUCUGCCCAAGAGGAAGGGAAUUUUAACUGGUGUUUCUCUGGACUUAUCUGUAUGGUUUAUACAAACCUUUUGGGAAUAUAACAACAAAAAACAUACAAUCUGGAUUUGUUCAUGCAAGAUCCUUGUCCCCUCCUUUUAAGUGAAAACCACAGAAGCCAGUCGGAGAGGAAGGAGACACCAGUUUACCAGUUGCUCUGCAAAUCUAAAGCCAUGCACCACCCAUAAACUCCACAAUAAUGAGCCCUUUGCAGUUACACAUUCAAUUUGUCACAAAUACAUGCAACCAAGUCAAAAAACAUUGAAUUUACAUGCCAGCUCGCUAUUUUUUUUUAUUUUUUUUGUAGUGAAAACACAGCAAGUAGUUGUUUCUGUGCAAACAUAUGUCUGGUUCUUGGAAACAGGGCUUUUAUGCAGUAUUGUAUUAUUAAUAAGGUCAAUAAGUGAAUUGUUUUAACACAACACACAUUUGGAAAGUUGGCACGACAAAAUUGGUGUAUUGUUUGCAAGUGGAGCAGGUUAAAUAUGGCAAAUAAGUGAGGACUUUUGAUUUAUCAUUAAUCUCUGUGGCCUAUUGGAGACAUUACAGGGGUCCCAGAGUGGGCAGGCAGAAUGACUAAUACAAAAACAGCAGAGUCUAAAGCUAUCUUAUUCCUGCAGGAGAACACAGAGAUCAACUAAAAGGCAUGAUUAUAUUAUGUUUCACUGUUUAUCUGUCCACGUUUUCAGAUUGGAUAAACUGACUAUAUCCAAGCAUUGCAAUGAUGUUAAGCCUCCUAUAAAUUGAAUCUUCAUGCCCUUUUAUUUUCUUAUCUCAUUUGCUCCUCUGUGCUUCUUUUCAUUGCUACAGUAUAAUCUAUGCUCUUGUACAUUGCAACAUGCAUUGCAGUGCACGCUGUAUAUCAAGUCUAUAUUCAAGGGUCUAGUCCAGCGCAGGAGGAGUAUACUUUCACACUAACCCACAUUCAUUUGAAUUGUAGUCUGUCACACUUUCUAUUCAACUUUUUGUAAACCUGUUCUGCAUUACUGCUCAUUUAAAGUAAAUGCUAUGAAUAUGUAAAGCCUACACCAUUCCUGUAUUUUAAAACACAUCCGGUCAGCCAUUUUGAAAUUUCAUUGAUUUUCAUGUCGGAAGGUCAAAAAUUGCAAGAUCAGACAACAGUGAAUCUGCAUAGUCAAUACGCUGCUGACAGCUCAUGAGUCAUGAUUACAAAGCAAAGCAAUAAAAUCACAGCUAUUUCCUCUGCUAACUAGACCUACAUAUGCUUCUUCGAGUUUACACAUGGCAUCUUUUUGGUGAAGUCCUCAUAUUCAUCUACACUCACCUAAAGGAUUAUUAGGAACACCAUACUAAUACUGUGUUUGACCCCCUUUCGCCUUCAGAACUGCCUUAAUUCUACGUGGCAUUGAUUCAACAAGGUGCUGAAAGCAUUCUUUAGAAAUGUUGGCGCAUAGGAUAGCAUCUUGCGGUUGAUGGAGAUUUGUGGAAUGCACAUCCAGGGCACGAAGCUCCCAUUCCACCACAUACCAAAGAUGCUCUAUUGGGUUGAGAUCUGGUGACUGUGGGGGCCAUUUUAGUACAGUGAACUCAUUGUCAUGUUUAAGAAACCAAUUUGAAAUGAUUCGAGCUUUGUGACAUGGUGCAUUAUCCUGCUGGAAGUAGCCAUCAGAGGAUGGGUACAUGGUGGUGAUAAAGGCAUGGACAUGCUCAGAAACAAUGCUCAGGUAGGCCGUGGCCUUUAAACGAUGCCCAAUUGGCACUAAGAGGCCUAAAGUGUGCCAAGAAAACAUCCCUCACACCAUUACAUCACCAUAAUGGUAGUAAUAAAGGCAUGAUGGAUCCAUGUUCUCAUUCUGUUUAUGCCAAAUUCUGACUCUACUAUCUGAAUGUCUCAACAUAAAUCGACACUCAUAAGACCAGGCAACAUUUUUCCAGUCUUUAACUGUCCAAUUUUGGUGAGCUCAUGCAAAUUGUAGCCUCUUUUUCCUAUUUGUAGUGGUACACGGUGGGGUCUUCUGUUGUUGUAGCCCAUCCGCCUCAAGGUUGUGCGUGUUGUGGCUUCACAAAUGCUUUUCUGCAUACCUCGGUUGUAACGAGUGGUUAUUUCAGUCAAAGUUGCUCUUCUAUCAGCUUCGGCCCAUUUCCCUCUGACCUCUAGCAUCAACAAGGCAUUUUCGCCCACAGGACUGCCACAUACUGGAUGUUUUUCCCUUUUCACAACAUUCUUUGUAUACCCUAGAAAUGGUUGUGCGUGAAAAUCCCACUAACUGAGCACAUAGUGGAAUACUCAGACCGUCCCGUCUGGCACCAACAACCAUGCCACGCUCAAAAUUGCUUAAAUCAUCCUUUAGGUGAGUGUAUAUAGUUCAUUAAACCGAUUACACAAACACAAAUCCCUACGGAUUAAAAUGAUAUUCUGCACUAGCACUCGAAAUGACCUCGCUCUUUUACUGGCCGUGCUUUGUUGCAUACUUCAUGAGUUUACUGCUGUUGUGCUGUGGCUCUGUCAAUCACAAUACCUUCCUCUAAUGUGUACAUUCCCCUCACCAGCACUGAUCUUCAGAAAGCCCUGUUACAAACCACAGAGCUGCACAGUACAGCUGCUCUAUUACAUUAACAUGUUCUAACCAUUAGCUUUUAAAGACAUUACAGUAUAAGAGUCAUGAUGUAUGUGAAUUAUUUUGUUUGGGCUCCUAAUGGUUUGAGUUCUCCAAUGACUCACCUUUGCCCUUACACCUAUUUACAUGAGCAAUGAGACUGUAUUUACCAAACGGAGUGUCUCUAUUCAUUAAAGCAUCCUGUCUGUGAGAGAUAGAGAGAGGGGGGAAGGAUUUUAUAUCCAAGCACUAAAGAAUGAAGGAAGGAGGAAGUUAUGCAACACCACAAUCAAAUCAACCUAUUCAGUACUGCAAUAAUACAGAACUGUGACAUCACUUUGAUUCUGUGUGAAACCAUGUGUUGGCCAAUAAGUGUGCACUGUCUUAUUUACACAACAAUGGCACUAAAAUAUCUGCCUCCUACUCUCACUUCCUUCCCUUGGCUGACGUAUCAUCACAUAUAUCCUGUCAAAUAAAGUUUAGAAGUUUAUUAUACCACCUCCUUGUGUUUGACAAUUUUUGGGUUUGGUUUGGAAGCAUUAAAAUGUUUUGUUUUUUUUUUGCACAAAAAGUUUCACUCACAACAAGUGUCGUCCACUUAAUGCAAUGGACUCGUUCUUUAUUCUUAUAUUGAAUAAGAUGGCAGAAAGAGCAUUUUAAUGUUGGCUUGUGUUGUUCUGCUGUCCAGGGACUUGUUUACCAGUCUAUGAACUCACAUUCGUUGGCAUUGGCACCUCCUGACAACAUAAUAAAUUCAUGUUUUAUUUCAAGUUGGCUGCGCAUCUUCCUUAAUGAAAGCACUUUAAGCC